UGCUGUUCUUUGUUCUGGUCAUUUUAAAAGGGAUAAAACAGUGUGUUUUGCAGCCCUCCCCGUUUCGGGUCAGGGUUAAACAACAUAAAACAGUUUCCAGAUAAUGAAACGGAUACUCUUAGAGUUCUCCCACUAGAGGAAAAAUAAAAUGAAUAAAUAGAAACAAAUGUGACGUGUUAAAUACAGUUUAUAUACGGGAUUAUUUAAUGCCUUAAGGUGGCCUCUAAUUAACCGAUAUUACAAAGAACCAAAAAAACAUUUAAACAAAAAAUGUAAAUAUUCUAGCAAACGCCAACACCCACUAAAAAUCCCCUUUGGCUGCAUUAAAAUAUUUAAUCCUAAAUAUUUCACAUUUCUGGUGGGAUUAUCAUCCUUAGACCGAGCCGUAAUGUAAAAUGAGAUAGAAGGCCAGUGCAGGAGUUUACAAUUUUCCAAAAAUUCUCCACACUCUAAAUCUUGCGCAUUAAUGCGCGUUGUUUAAGUAUGAGCCCUUAAUGUGAAAUCUAAUCUGUAUGGAUUACGGCGCAGUAGGCCCCUAUCAGAUUUUGAGUCGGCGUGUAACUUGUCAUGUUGUUAGAGGAAGGCCAAUAGCCAGGGGCCAUUCAAGCCCUGAGAGCCCGGCAGUGGUAUAAGAUUCCCAUUUCCUACAUAUCAAAUAUAAACACAAACUCCACGUGGGAUGAGAGCCGAGAUGGAGAGAAAAAGCCAUGGACACGCGGAGGGAUGAAGACUGAGAACUGAGGGGACACCAAGGGGACUAAACUCCUUCACGUGUCCACAAACUGAGAGGGGAAAAAAGGAUGGACCGCACUGACCUGCAGUUAAAGACUGAUGUGUGACCAAUAACCACCAAAAAAUAAUCACUGUAAUCUAUCGGUGUGCCGUGAUUCCGGGGCUGGGAUGAAGUCGGAGAACACACACUUAACACAUCAGCGUUAUUAACAGGCAUGCACUGGCCUUACAACAACAAUAACGUAAGGGAUGCAAAACAACAUAAGAAACACAACUGUGUCCCCAUCAACGAAGCAGCAGAAGAGCACAGAACUAAAAUCAAGAUUGAGGUGAUGCACUUAAAGAGCAAACUGGGGACGUUUGAAGCAGAAAAACUCAGAUAUGAUGAAAUGGCUAACCACAUUAAGCUCCAGGCCCAGGAUACAGAGAAGACCAUCAAAGGAGAGUUUCAGAAGCUUUACCAGUUCCUGAGAGCAGAGGAAGCUGGGAGGAUAGAUGCAGUGAGGAGGGAGGCAGCACUCAAGAGUCAGACAAUGAACCUGAAGAUCGUAAACAUGACUGCUGAGAUCUCCUCACUUAGAGACAAAAUCAAAACCUUAGAGGGGGAGAUGAAAGCUGGAGACAUGGCAUUUAUGAUGAACAUCAAAUCCACUAUGGAGCGAUCUCAGUGCACACUCUCAGAUCCAGUCACUCCAUCAGGAGCUCUGAUCGAUGAGGCCAAACACCUUGGGAAACUGCUCUUCUCAGUCUGGAUAAAAAUGAAGACUCUAAUCCAAUACACUCCUGUAGUUAUGGAUCCCAACACUUGCUCCCAGGAAAUGACUGUAUCAGAACAUUUGACUUGUUUAGCAUCAUGCGAUUCUACAUUAUUUCCUCAAAACCCUGAAAGGCUGCAUCAAUCAGAUAUUCUUGGAUAUGAAAGCUUUAGUUCUGGAAAGCACAGCUGGGAUGUAGAGGUAGAUGGUUACUGGACUGUUGGUGUGGCUGCUCGAACCAGUGUUUCUUAUUCUAAAAAGAUCUGGGGCAUCUAUGUGUGUGUUUGCACUAACAUUCUGCGUGAACUUACACCAGAAGACAUUGACAAACAGGUAAUGGAAGAUUCAUUUCCCCAAAAGGUCAGAGUGAACUUAAAUUAUGACAAAGGAAUACUAUCAUUUUUUGACCUUGGCCGGAAAGUGCCCAUACAUAUUAUCAGAUACACUUUUACCGAAAAACUCUUUCCAUACUUUCGCGGUAAGACAAAAAUUCUUCCACCUGAAUUGUCAGUAGGGAUAACACAAGUAAAAUAGACAUUCUGCAAAACUACAAAGUCCUCAUAAAAUAAGGACUCAUUUGAAACUCUCUUUUUUGUAAUGUUGUGGAUAUUUACAAUGUAACCAAAAUUUUCAGUGAUUGAAUGUAAUAGAUAUACAGUAUUUCCACAAUGCCCCAUAUUGUGGCUAAUAUCGGUCUACAUGUAUACAGAGUACAUGAAUGAAUGGUUAUGAGGUAAUACCACAUGACAAUAGUGUACGACAAUCUCGCUCUCUUUUUCAGUCUUUUCACCACUAAAACACUCCCAUGUAUGAAUCCACAGCCGUGCUGAUACUGAAUCUCGGUGGUAUUACAGCUGGAAUGCCUGCUAUGUUUUUUCAACUAAUGAAAGAAUGAAGAAAAACAAACAGAGGGGCCAAAUUAAAAGAGAAAAGGGAUCGAGAGAAGAAAACACUGAGGGAGAAAAGGGAAGAAUGGAAGAACGGGGCAUACGGCUUCAUUUAGUCUGGACUCCUCUGCAUGUUUUACACGAGUGUGAGUCUGCUUUUGGCAGAGCUAAUGAAGGUUCGAGAUGGAGAAUGACUGACAAGCCUGCUUAACUGUGGUUGUGAGGGAAUUAUGUUUGAAUUACUUUAAUUUGAGAAACGUGUAUUUUUCAGAUUUAUAUGAAGGGAAUUUUGCUUUUGCUAUUUUGAAAGUUGUUUUAAUCAUCAGUAUAUUGUUCAUAUUUACUGAGUUAAAAUUGAUUUGUAAAUGUACAAACCUUACUGCAAACUCAAUUGUGUCAAAUUUCAA